GCGGUGCGGAGAGUGAGGGACAAGCGUCAGAAGAAAGAGGAGAGGCACGAGGGGGAGCAGGAGUGCAGGGGACAGUGCUGCCCUCUGUUCAAAUGGACAACAAGGAUAUUUAACCAUUUGCCCUGGGAGCGCACAGACACCGCAGUCCAUGCCUCUGCCUUGCCGGGUCAUUGAUGGGAAAUCAACUGGAUCGGAUCACCCACCUCAACUACAGCGAGCUGCCCACGGGGGAUCCGUCCGGGCUGGAGAAGGACGAGCUUCGGGUCGGUGUCGCCUACUUCUUCUCUGACGAAGAGGAGGAGGUGGACGACCGCACUCCGUCCGACUGCGGCUUCACCAAGGACCACAGCCCGGCCGAGGAGGGACCCUUCUCGGUGAGCGAGGUGGAGUAUUCAGCCUUCUGCUCCCAGGAAUGCAUCUUCUCCAAGCUGCGGGAGAACGAGGACUUGAACGUGUACUCGGCCAAAACUUUGCUGACUAUGUGCAAACCCGGGGACCUGCUGGAGCUCGUGGCCACCGCGCAGGCCCCCCACUGGGCCAUCUUCGAGCAGGACGACCAGGUCAUUCAUCUGCAGAUGGGGGAAAUCCGCAAGGACAGCCUGCUUGAGAUCAGCAACGGCCGCCACGGGAGAAUAGUCAACAACCGGUACCGCUACCGGCCGCUGCCCGCCGAUCUGGUGAUGCAGAACGCGGUGGGACACCUGGGCCUGAGCCGCGAGGAGAUAUGCUGGACCAACUCGGAAAGUUUCGCAGCCUGGUGCCGCUUUGGGAAACGGGAGUUCAAAGCGGGAGGAGAGGCGCACUCGGCGGAGCAGCAGUACUUCCUCAAAGUUCACCUGUCCGGCAGCGGGGUGCACACGCUGGUCUUUCGCAGCCUGGAGGACAUGAUCCGGGAGAGGAGGCGGGUGGACGCCAGUGGAAUUCUCAAAGAGCUGUCUUUGGUUAACGGGGGCAAAGAGUGAUCAGGGAUUCCGUUUGAUAUCGUCUCCUCCGCCCCGCUCUCGCCCUCCCCGCCGCCUCCAAGCCAAGGCGCACGGACGCACAC